AUGCAGGCGUCCAUCCCACCGUCGAUGCACGACGCCCUCCGCGCGCACUUCGGCGUGAGUCUCGAGCUGUGCGCGUCGCCGCUCAACGCUCGGUAUCGACGAUUCUGUUCCGCGUAUCUCGACGUCGACGAGGUUUUCGGAUCGUUCGGCGAUUGCCUCAAGUUUGAACCCGACGCGGGUUCGUUCGAGGUUAACCCGCCGUUCGACCCGGUGUUCAUGGGCGCCGUCUGCGGGCACAUGGAGCGUCUGCUGGCGAACGCGUCCGGGGCGAUGUCGUUCGCGGUGAUUGUCCCG